AUGUCUAUUCUCUCAAGAUAUUCUUUGCGCCAGAACCGCGGGUUUUUGGGCUCUGACAGUUCUGCCCUGCCAUCGCAGGAUGCACAGGAUCGUCAACAAUUACGCUACGAGCUUGAUUUAAACUCAUGGAACUUUCGCAUCUGGGGUGUUUGUGCCUCUGGCUUUUUAACAGAUUCAUAUAAUCUUUUCUCAACAAAUGUAAUCCUCGCUUCGAUCGCGUUUGUAUACUGGCCCAAUGGUCCGGAAUGGUCGGGUCUCCUCAUCAACUUCUUCACACUCUUAGGGUCCGUUGUUGGUCAGAUCCUGUUUGGCUACCUUGCGGAUCGCUAUGGUCGAACUCGCCUCUAUGGUGUUGAGCUCGUUCUGGUUAUUGUUUCUACGAUUGGAGUCGCUACGAGUAGUCAUGGCUACAAUGAUCUUUCUUUUCUGGGUCUAUUCAUUUGGUGGCGUUUUGUCAUGGGCAUUGGAAUCGGAGCCGAAUAUCCCCUCAGUGCUGUAAUCACAUCGGAAUGGUCCAGUACACAAUCUCGCGCCACUAUGCUCUCGUCCGUUUUCAUGAUGCAGCCCAUCGGCCAGGCACUGGCCCAGUUAGUUGGUCUGUUUGUCCUCCUCGGCUUCGAGCGAAGUCACAACCUCCAAGGAAUGCGUUGCGGACUCGAUAGAUUGCAUGAAGAGGAAUGCAAAAAGGCAUUGGACGGCGUCUGGCGCAUUGUGAUCGGAUCAGGUGCCGUCCCUGCACUACUCGCCAUCAUCUUCCGCUUCUUCCUGUUCGACUGUGGCAUUUACAGCCUUGAGGUCAGGAACAAACCGAGAAUGGCCCUAGCAAACACCCAAAGAAUCUAUGGUGCUCCGCAAGGUGCUGGGUUGGAAGCCUUCCCUGGCGGAGGUGUCAACGGGCGCUCUAUGAGCGGUGGUAUCAACGGACAAAACUCGUUUCCGAUGAAUCAAUUCGUUCAAAACCAAGCACCAACAACAUAUCAGACUACCUCGCCCGAUGGAAACCACGUUACACCUUCGUAUCGCACAAAUGGUCUUGGGGAUGGUAUGCAUCUCGCUAGUACCUCGCAGCAGCCGAUGCCGGUACAGUUUUCGAGAGAAGACCUCCACAACUACUUCAUCCGCGAUGGGAACUGGGCGUAUCUGUUGGGCACGGCGGCAACAUGGUUUUUCUUGGACGUUUCGUUCUAUGGUAUGAGCCUUGAUAAUAGAGGCACUCUGUCGACGAUGUGGGCGACUACCACGCCGACCAAGAUUGACGAUUCUCUCGAGUGUUGGACAUCAUCACUUCGUGGGGGAAAUUCGACAGUACCGGAUUGGGCCACCGAUGGACUUCCAGUUUGGUCGACCGACGCAACGCACCCCUGCAACACCAUUUACGACGUGCUUAUCGAGCAAACAAAGCAAUAUCUCUUGACUGUCUCGCUCGCAUCAAUUGCAGGAAGCGCUUGCUUCGUCAUAUUUGCCAACCGCAUCCCUCGACGCCAGUGGCUCACAGCAUCCUUCCUCGUUCUCGCUGGGUUCUUCGUUAUCACUGGAUGCGUCUACUAUGGCGUCCACCAACAAAAAGGUGCUCCGGCCACAGUGGUGUUUGUAGCCAUCUGUCACUUUAUGUUCAACUUUGGGGCCAACACAUUAACAUUUAUCAUACCAGCCGAAAUCUUCCCGACUUGCUAUCGAUGUCUGUGCCACGGAAUCUCUGCUGCUGCAGGGAAGCUAGGCAGUCUAGUUGCUGUUCUAGUGGUAUACGGAAUAAAUCAGUCAUAUCAAGCAGAAAACAGACAAGGACUCAUCUUUCUCCUAUUUGGGUCUGUGGCUGCUGUGGGUGCCAUCUUCUCCUGGGCAUACCUACCUGAUUCCCAACGUCGCGUUGAGUACGAUGGUAAGAGUUACCUCGAAUCCAAAACGCUCGAGGAGCUUGGUGAAGGGAGAGUCAAAGCACGACUUGGGGGCGAGCUUGUGACGAUAGAGGAGAAGUGGGAUGCUAUCAAGAGGAGGAAGAGAGGGUCCAUGAGAAGCGACCCCUCUGUGCCAGACGGUACUAUAUAG